AAAUCCUCAACAGGGAGUUGGACGGAUGCGGGGGGACGGGGAGCGGGACGCCGGCUCGAGAAGCACCAAGGGUCCCAUCUAGAGGUGUGGUGUCUGCACCAAAUCCGCUUCAGGGAUGUAGUCGAAGCGGGUUGGAGCUCAGCCCAUCCGAGCUCAUCAUCAUGAAGAAGCACUCCGCACGGGUCGCCCCGCUGUCCGCCUGCAACAGUCCGGUGCUCACCCUCACCAAAGUGGAAGGAGAAGACCGCGCCAGAGAGAACGUGGUGGGCACGGCGGACUCGCAGUCAGCCGGCGCGUCCGGAGCAGAGUCCGCCUCCAACAGGCGGAGGCUCCGCUGCUGCAUCAGAGUCACGACAGUGCAGAUCAGGAAGGCCCUGUGGGGGGUGGCCAUGGUGAUGUGCGUGUGCUCGUCCUGGGCGGGCUCCACCCAGCUGGCCAAGCUGACCUUCAAGCAGUUUGACGCCCCGUUCACCCUCACCUGGUUCGCCACCACCUGGAACUGCCUCUUCUUCCCGCUGUAUUACAUCGGCCAUCUCUGCAAGAGUCCGGAGAGGCAGACGCCCAAGCAGAGAUUCAGGGAGUGCUGUCGGUUUUUCGGGGACGAUGGGCUGACACCCAAGGUGUUUUUCACCAAGGUGGCUCCCUUUGGCCUGCUGUGGAUCCUCACCAACUACCUGUACCUGCAGGCCCUCAGGAAGAUCAACACAACGGACGUGUCAGCGCUGUUCUGUUGUAACAAGGCCUUUGUCUUCCUGCUGUCUUGGAUUGUACUCAGAGAUCGCUUCAUGGGAGUCAGGAUAGUAGCUGCAAUCUUGGCCAUAGCGGGCAUUGUCAUGAUGACCUACGCUGAUGGAUUCCACAGCCACUCCGUCAUCGGGAUUGCUCUGGUCGUGGCCUCUGCUUCAAUGUCGGCGCUCUACAAGGUGCUCUUCAAGAUGGUCCUCGGUAGUGCCAAAUUCGGAGAGGCCGCCCUCUUCCUGAGCAUCGUUGGGAGCGCCAACUUUGUGCUGAUCAGCUUCGUGCCGGUCAUCCUGUAUUUCACUCACGUGGAGUACAUCGGCUCGCUCGCAGACGUCCCGUGGGCUUACCUCUGCGGGGUCGCAGCGCUGCUUUUCGCUUUCAACAUCCUGGUGAACUUUGGCAUCGCAAUAACGUACCCAACAUUAAUUUCCCUUGGCAUCGUCCUAAGUGUUCCUGUAAAUGCCAUGGUGGACCUCUACACUUGUGAGAUUGAUUUCAACACGGUGCGCCUCAUCGCCGUGUUCAUCAUUUGCCUGGGUUUCCUCAUGCUGCUGUUACCGGAGGACUGGGACCAGUGCAUCAUCCAGCUCAGCACCAAGCUGCGCAAACGCGACGAGCCAGCAGAGGGGAACGCAGAGGCGGGCGCCGCCACCGGGCUCAACUGGAGAAGCAGAGGCAGGACGUCCAUGUCAACAUUUGCACACUGACUCCAUGAAAUAUCAGCAUUACAGACGCAAAGACAGACCCAGAGGCGGGGAGGCGCGUUAACACAUUUGAUCGGCCUGGUUCCCUGCCUGCUGUUCCGUGUACGUCCCUUGGUGACAAAAACACAAUGAUGGAUUGUCCUCUGAUCGGUAACCGGGAGGCGGCGAAGAGUCACAGAUUGUGCGCCGAUGUUUUGGUGUCCAUUCCAGCUCAGAAGUUUCUCCAAGCUGGUGCAUGGACUCAUACCAAUUGUAAUAUUUCUUACUCCGAGAUUGAUCAGGAAUAACUGAUUGAGCUGAGAAUUAAUUUUUUGCUGUCACACUUAAUCAUUCCAUUGAUUCAUUACGUCUCUGCGCCUGGGAAAAUGUGCCAACUUGCCUGAUAUUUUUCAGUCAUGAUAGGAACAAAAAAAAAAAAGGACAGACACCUAUCGAAGCAGGCCUAACACCAUGUAGACCAGCUAGCUUUAACAUGUACACAUUUUACACACAUUAAAAAAUCCAAAGAAGAAUGCCUCAACUGCUCAUUGCCUGGACACAAAAGGGAGACCUGCAGCGGCGUCCCUCAGGUGUAAAGCUAUCGACAAAUACCGGCCUUCAGUGCACUGUACAUAGCUGUGUCUCACACCUUGGAUGUCCUGGAGCCGUGGACGUGAGGGGCUCAUCUGGUGUGACUCGGACCUGUCCGAGCAUCUGAGGAUCAAUCCAGGCUGAAGGAGUUCUCACAAAGCCUCUCACGGUUCAUCUUGAGAGUCGAUGUCAGGUUCUAACCACGCUGAUUGGCUCCCCGUGGUGAUCUGCUGUCCUGCGGCGAGAUUCCCUCUCUGUGGAUGCUCACUCAUUCCUCAGGCCCACAGUUCAGUCACCAGAUAUUUAAAGCAGUAUCUCUAAUGCAUUCCUUUUUAAUGCAUGAGAUGCCUGGUAUUUCUUUGUCAAACGGUCCGUCUAUAAAACACUUGCCACAGAUUUUCUGUUGCCAAGACACUGGGAGCAAACGCUGUGAAACUGGCAAUGUAAGGAAUACAUGUAUUUAUGUAUUGUUAUUCAAGUAAUCAUGAAGUGUUUCAAGUACUGCAGUCUUUAUUUGGGCUAAAA